AUAUAUUAUCAUAAUCAUAUAUUGAUACAAUAUUCUAUCCAAAGUUACCAUUUCAGUUUUAUAUAGUUCUUCAGAAAGGGUGAGAAGUCACAAGAAUGUAACUGCUGCAGAUUAACAGUUUCUUCCCUAUUUGUGAUAGUGGUAGUUUUAGGGCAGACAAAUUUGAGGCAGAUACAGCAACAAAUGGUGAGUCAUUGCAAUUGCAUAAUGACGCAAACGGAGGAGGAGUUACCAUUGUUUCUCGAAAUACUCUCAAAUCCUUGAAGGUUCUUCUUUUGAUCCAUUUCAAUCUGUUCCUGAAAUAUUACAAAAUGGAGGAAAGAAUCCUUAGAGGAAAAAAUGCCAGACACUCUCUUUUAGAGGACGUGCUGCCACCAAAUCCUGUCGUUGAUGUUGCACAUCACAGGCCCAAACCAGAAAGUGUGCCUCCUACAAAUGGGAAUCUUGUUGGUAGGUCCAACAGAGUGCAGCAGCCUGUGAGGUUUGAUGAUCACAGAAGCAUUCAGAACAAAGAUGAUGAGAUUUUAAGGGAGGUUUCGCCUGGUUUUGAUGUUCUUGUGGAUGAUGAGCUCAGAGGUACUGACUUUUAUCACGAGGAAGGUCAAUAUGGCAGAAAUGGGGGAAGGGAUGAGUACGAUAUUGGCCACUCUGCUGAUUGUACUUCAGUAGCAGAUGCUGACCAAGAUAUGUACCAUGAUGUCUAUGGGAACUCUCGCGACAGGCUUCCUGGUUGCUCUGGUAGGGGGCAGCAUAGAGCUUCUUCUGAGAGAGUAGAAGGGGAAUCCGCUCAUCUUGAAAGGAGACGCUAUGGUAGAGCUAACUGCCCUGAAGAAGUUCGAGGGUCGGAUCUGAGGCAUCAUUUAUCAAAGGCAAAGAGGGUUAAUGGUUUGAGGUCAGUCGUUAGUCAUGACUAUGCAAGUGAAAAGCAUGUUGAAGAACGAGGCUACCGGAGUUCCAGGAGGGAUCGACACGAUUUACCUUCACAUGAUAGUUCCGUUGCUAGUAGUCGUCUUCGAGGAAGAAUAAAGCUACCAAGUAGAUCACCCUCUCCAACUAAUGGGACAGACAUGCGGCUGGAUAGGGAAAGGGAUAGGUCCAGGGACCGUGGCAGGUUAUCUUUAGAAAGGCCACAACUUUUCUCUCAUCAGGGAAGGCUUCGAGAUAGACUAAAGGGAAGGCAAGAGGAUGUCAAUGAUACUGGAAGAAAUAACAGUGGGACACGUAUAAGAAGAGAUGUAAGCGAGAAUGAUUCUAAUUUUUCUGGUCCAAGAAGCCUUGCUGAACUUAAAGGUAGGAAAACUUCUGAGACCAAUGAACAAAAUAUCGACGAGCAGCAGGCCCUAGGGAAGCGUAAGUUCCAAAAGCGUGACGGCGAUCAGCCAACAGGAGGGGACCUAUCAUUUGACAGACCAAUGCUACUGCAAGAGAUCUUGAAGAGAAAAAGAAGCAGUAAAACGGGCAUGACAUCUGAUAAGAGCGAAGACCAUCAACAUGAAAGAAAGGAAAAUAUUGACCUUGGGCAAAAGGAAGAGUCUGAUCCUCCAUCAGGUGAGAAAAAUGAUCUUCAAGAAACGAUAUCAGCUGAUCAUCAAUCUCCUGCGCACCAUGGUGAAAAUGAGCUUGAAGUUGAAGAAGGGAUGAUUAUGGAAGAAGCAGAUGAUCAAGACCCUGAAGUCCAUGAUCAGAGAGAUGUAGACUAUGAUUAUGAGCAAGUUGAUGGUGAAGAUUACAAUUUAGAUGAAGGUGAGAAUGCUGAUGCUGGUGAGGAAUACCUGGAUGAAGACGAGGAAGAUGAUGCAGAUGACUGCAAAGAAGAUGCAAAUGAUGACUUUGCAAGCUUAGAAGAUUCUAGGUUGGCUCGGAACUCCACUGAUUUUUAUUUUAGAAGUAGAAAAACGCUGUUGGCUCGGAACUCUUGGCACUGUUAUGCUUUUAUUUUUAUGCUUUCUAUUGAGUAG